AUGUCAUCUUCAAUAUCGGGACUUGAGUCGCUCAAGUGCGACUACUCCAUCUCUGACGACAGCACUCCGAAACCAUCGCGGUGGUCGGAUACACGAAUUGAUAGACCUGCUCUGGUAAUCACCCCUAAAACAGAGAGUGAUAUCCAAGCAGCUGUUCGUAUUGCCAAGGACAAUAAACUCACUGUACUCGCUGCAGGAGGAGGACACGGGACGUUUGUCAGCGUGGACUCGUCGACGCUGUACUUGGAUCUGAAGCACUUCAAGACCAUCGAUCUGAAUAAAGAGAAAGCAAAUGUUCGAGUUGGCGGUGGUGUUGUUACGGGUGAGGUGGUGAAGAUGUUGGCGAAAGAGGGUUACUAUACUCCCGUUCCAAGCUCUGAUGCAGUCGGUUUCGUCGGAUGUGUUCUUGGUGGUGGAAAUGGUGUCCUCAGUGGUAUGCACGGAUGGAUGAUUGACAACGUCGUUUCUUUCCGAGCCAUCACUGCCAAAAGAAAUGUCGUGGAGGUCAGCUCGGAGUCGGAAGGUGAAGAGUUGGCGCUCUUCAAUGCUCUUUGUGGUGCAGGGCACGGACUGGGUGUUGUCACCGAAGUGACCGUGUCAGUCUUCCCCAUUGCGAAACUCGAUAUGGAGGAUGAUAAGAUCUGGACCAGGACUCUUGUAUUUCCUGCACCGGCUAUUGAUGUCGCUGUCAAGACAUUUCUGGACUUACGCAAGCCUCUACCUGAGAGUCACAUCACGUUGGUCUUUACGCGCAGUCCCCCAGGUACUCCAGCAGCUGGGGUUCCGAUUAUUGUUUUGGGAUAUACAUUCUUUGGCCCAGCUGAAAAAGCAGAGAAAGAAGCAGCGCUGCUUUUUCAGGAUGACAUUGUUGGAAGAGCAGUGAUGAGCAUGACGAAUUUGGUACCAUUUGCCAACAUCAACACCAAAUACGGUGUUCAUAAUUAUCACGGCGGUCACAAAGCCAUCGCGUCAUGCCGUCUAUACAAGACAAACCCGGAAGCUAUAAAGAAUACCUUCGAGAAGUGGACGACAGCAACACAACAGUAUCCUGAUGCUCAACAGAGUCCUCUCAUCAUAACCGCCUCCAACACCGACAAGAGUGUAGCCGCAGCGGGAGAUAACUUUAUCGACAGUCGCGACAGACCUCUAGUCGCGCUAGCAAUUGUAAUUGCGGAAAAAGAAGAAACGAAUCGAGCAUUUAUGGGUGUUUUGGAUGGUAUUGUUGCCGAGUUGAGGAAGAGUGAUGAAGGUGUUGGACCGAGAAGUUUUGCCAAUAAUUGGAAGUUUGAGACGGAUGCAAAUGAGAUGUUUACUGGUGAAAUGUUUGAGAGGUUAAGAGUUGUUAAGAAGGCUUGGGACGAGGAGAGUGUUUUUUGGUCACCCUAUUUUAAGUGA